AUGGCACACUACACAUCAUCGACACAAAUUGUUUGUAUGACGACGCCUCACGAUGUGGUUGCUGAGAGCUCCGAGUCAUUGACUGUCAGUGUACAAAUCUUUGGCGGCCUCGGACUUGCUUCGUAUGCAUCCAAGAGCAGUGCCUUUCAAUACCACUGGCAGGAUACCGCCCUUAUCCACUGGGCCAACCAUUGGGCCGGUACGGGCGGCGACAUCAUGGAAUUUGGUGGAGACAUCCGCGCUGGCGCAACCUCUGCUGGUCAGUUCGAGAUCCGCGUUGGUGAUGCUUGGUGCCACGUCGAUGAAGAGGUGUGGCCAUUGUCAAACCGCAGAAGGAGCUGGACAAAGCAAGUAAGUUGCCAGCUGCCUGACGACGACCUGCUGAUUCCUGGAUAUUACAAUGUGACCAUAAGGGUCAACAGCUUGGACAGAGCGGAUGGCGAUUGUCCGAACAGCUUGUGUUUCCCAUACACGGAGGAACAGGCUGGGACAGGAUACGGGCAUGGGUUCGCAGCAAUCGUGAAUCCGCCUCCAUCUGAUUCGAACGGCAAGUUGAACAGGGUAUGGGGUGGCAUGUUGGACAUCGUGACAGGACACACAUACCACUUUACGGUAUAUCCACAGGUCAACUCGAUUGAACCAUUGGAAGGUGGCCUUUAUGGUGGCAACAACCUGACGAUCCAUGGAUCUUCGUUUGCUGCAGAAAUGGAGGGCAACCAGGUGACUGUCGGGGGCGUUCCGUGUGAGGUUCUGGAGGCCACAACAGACACCAUUGUGUGCAGACUCGGCCAGUGGAAUGACGCAGCGGAUCGUGGCGAGACUGUCCGUGGGCUCCACUACAACAGAUGGAACGACCGGCGUCGCCGGGCGUGGGGCAUUAACAACAUCCCGGCCAAGGAGGCCAGGGGCGAUGCCUUCGAGACCGGCUUUCUGAAGGCCUCUUUGUUCCAAGUUGCCACAAAAGAGCCGUGGGACAACGACCCGGGACUCGAUCGCACACUGCUGGAGCUAGAUGGCUUCUUCGUACCGCCUCUUGAAGCGAACUACAGCUUCUACAUUUGUGGCGAUGAUGGUGCAACCUUGGAGAUCGGUGAAGAUGCGGGUAUGCCGCAUUCCACACUUCGCACUGUGGCAUACUUUGGAGAAUGGGUUGGGGUCUCAUACGGUUAUGCACGGCUCAGCACCGGUGACUUCCAGCGACUACGGGAUGAUUUCGCCUUUCUGCUGGCCAGCCAUCGGACAGGCUUUUCAGCUCUGGGAGGCGACGACAAAAAGAUCUCUGAUGAUGUGCGGUUGGAAGCUGGUGAGCAGUUGCCUCAAUCGUGGCUCCUUGCGCUGAGAUCUGUGGCUGCUGAAGCUGGCCUUGUGGAUGAAGAGCUGCCCUUCUCUGCAGUUACGGUGAACCUGCCGAACUUGAGUGCGCCGAUCCACACCACCGUGCAAUCUUCGAAGGAAUAUGUGCGAGGAUCAGAACACGUCAGUACACACAGUGGAAUCAGUCUCGUCAGCACAGAGAAGCGCAAGGCCCUCUUGUCCACACUCGAAGAUGGGGCCCGAUACACGCAGCGCUUCAAGGAUUGUUGCCGACGCAAGUACGGAAAGCUUGUCGUAGCAUGGCGGAUCCUACUGGAUCCGGGUGGCAAUGGACGUGUCUCUUUCGUGCCUUUCUGCAACGCGGCACGAGCCAUGGGCUUUGUGAAUGUCUCCACGCCACCCGCUUGCACCCAUGAUCGGUUUGGUGUUUUCUCGUCUUCAGCGAUAUUGCAAGCACUUGUGCUGUCAACGUGGGACUCUCGCAAGAGUUCUUGGAUCGCGGAUUCCCUUGUCAAGUGGACACGUGCAGGUGUGCUACGCAUUCGUUGGCUUUGGCGGCAUCUGGACGUUAAGUGCACCGGCUUCCUGACACUGGACAGCUGGGAUCCCCACUCAUAUCGAGUCCUCAUGGAAUUCCGGGAGAUUUGCAGAUCUGAAUUCGGAGGAGUUGUGGAGGCUUUCAAGUUCGGAAUGAACAGGACCGGAUCAGGUGCUUGUUACAAGAAAGAGUUUGAACAGUUUCUGAAGAAUUUCGAGUUCUCUGGAGAUUACCAAAUCCUCUGGGAUGCUUUGGACAAAGAUCGCGGCGGCUUUAUCACAGUUGAUGAGCUUUUUUUCUUAGCACGAUGGCAGGGCGAGCGCUUCCGACCUGAGAAGGUCCAGCGUGAGUUCAACCUGAACCUUGUGCGGUUGAAGAUUUGCAAGCAGCAACGACAAAAGCAUCAAGCGAGGAUGAACGAGUUCAAAGCUCGGAUCGAGGACGAGCAGCAAGUCCUGGAACGAAACCGGAGCCUACGGAUGGCAGCUGCUAAGCAGCAUGUCCGUCUGACUACCGAGCAAGUCCGAUCAGCAGAAGAAGAGGCAUUUCCCGUUUCGCUUGAGGCAUCACUCCGGAACAGGAGCCAAUUGGAUCCGCUUUGGCAUGAAGGUGGUGUUACUUUGUCACGUUGGACUGGAUUCCCAGUGCAGAUUGCAGAUGUCACUCAGCCAGGUCUCAUUGGACAACUGGGCGAGGAGGCGUUUAUCACUUUCUCGAAUUCAGUGGAAUUUGGCAAAGUGAGGGACGACAUCCGCGAUGCGAGGGCCGCGGACUCUGAGAGUCGACGCGGCUUCUUUUUCGGUGCCGUCUUGGGGCUCCAUGAUUGCAGAAGUGUCUCCGGUGACGACGAUGAGUCGGUCGGCCAGACGAACUGGAUCAGGAUGGAAGUAUACGAUGCGGGCGCCGGGGGUGCAACAGUCGGAGACCUGCAGCCGACCCGGCCGGGCAGCUUGAGUUGGAGCCGCUUGGCCAAGUGCAGUGAGCAGUUUCAACUUCUUGUUCGCUUCCGCCGGCCCAUCGGCAACGUACCCGAACUGGAGCUCAACACCACAGGUCUGCUGGGAAGCGGCUUCCAAUUGCAGGUCUUUACCUUGGAAGAUGGCGAUGCCGACGCAAUCUUCCUUGAGAAGGUCCCGCUCGACAUGUUCCAGGUACCACGUCCAUCCGAUGCGGCAGCAAAGCCAGUUCGUGUCAUUUCAGAAGGAAUCCUCGGCUACAAGUAUUCAGGCAGCUUGGUGCCAGUACUGCACAGUGCUAUGCCAUCCAGCGUGACCGCAGAUGACAAUCUGCAGGCACCUCAUACCUGGACCUUGGUCAUUAGCAACAUCCAGACCUACAACUCGACGGGUUGGAUUCAGGACUUACAAGUGUUGUUGGGAGAGGACGCCGGCCAAUGCAAGGACUUGCACGAGGUGUCGGAGGAACAGGGCAAUAUCACGGUGAUCUGCAGGUUGGAGAACGCUCGGGCUGGAGAGCCAGAGCCCUGGCACGCCGUGCAUCUCAUCUCCGUCUCACAGGGGCAGGCGGAGCCGUCAAAGGCUCCGAUCGUCUCUGUGGAGCCGGUGGUCGAAGAGGUGACGGGACUGCUUGGAUCUUUGGCUGGUGGCACUGUGCGGUCCUCGUCUUUGUUGGCGCGGGGCUGCGUGGACUGUCUGGAUCUUGGCCGGGACGAUACUGCCCAGAGGCCCUCGACUGCUGCUGCGAUCCAGGACAUGCUCCGAUGUAUUGGUCGCCGGGGUACCGUGCACGGUGCCCGCGGCCAGCAACAUCCAGGCAUCAAUGGCAAGCAAAAUCGAGUCGCAUGUCGGCGUUUGAAGACUUUGCGCGGUGUCCUCGCAGGUGAUGCUUCAGAACUCUAG